AUGGGGAUCCAGUCUACUCCAAGGCACCGCUGCCAGCGAUGUGUGCAGGUGGGCCACUUUGGAGUGCUCAUGUUGGUGGUCCUCACGGGACGAGAGCCAAUCUCGGAAAAUGCUGGAGAGAGCUGGAAGAUCACUCCGUGGGUGGCGGAGUGCCUGUCCAAGAAUGACGUGGGGAGCCUCAUGGACCCCACCAUGGACGCCCCUGCUGAAGCUGUGCUGCGAGUGGCUCAGAUCUCCCUCGCCUGCACUGGAGAGCGCACUGCAGACCGCCCAAGCAUGCUGCAGGUUGCCAACGAGCUGCAGGCCAUUCGCGAGGCAGUGGGGGGGAAAGAGGUGCUGUGUGCUGCAGUCAAGGUGGAUGCGCAGGUGCAGGAGAUGAAGGAUGUUGUCGCCGGUGUCGCAAGCCUCGACACGGAAAUUAUGAAGAUUGGAGAGCAGGCCUCAGGAUAA